AUGUACGGAAGCGGUAGGGAUGGUUUACAGAUUUUUGAUCUUAUGACCAAAGCGAACAAAAUCCAGCAAGGGUCAGACGCAAUAGAGGUGUAUUACAGUAAACUCACCUCAAUUUGGAAAGAAAUAGAUCAGAGAUUGCCAAACCCUAUGAAAUGCUCAGAAGAUAAAACGGUUUACAACCGUAUGGCGCAACAAAACCGCCUCUAUCAGUUUCUUGCAAGACUCGAUGAGGCUCUUGAUAAAGAUCGGAGAGAUCUGAUUAAUUCAGACCCUCUUCCAACAAUUGAAGUAGCAUAUGCAACAAUCAGGAGAGAGAUUUCUCGAAAGGAAAUCAUGAAAAAGGAAAAAACCCCAACUGAAGACUCCGAAAUUUGUAGUGGACUUGCGGCCAGAGGAAAACCAGAAAAACCGAAGUUCCGGCGGGACGAUGAGCGAACACACCUCCGGUGUACCCACUGCGGGGGAAUUCGACAUACAAAGGAGGGUUGCUUCAAACUCAUAGGGUACCCGGAGUGGUGGUAUGAAUGGAAGAAAAAGGGGGAAAUUCAAAGAAGCGGGAAAGCAACCUAUGCCGGUGAGUCGUCGGCCGGAGAGAAAGAAGAAGGGGGACUUGCGGCUGCCAUUGUUAGCACAGGAUUCUCAGACAGGGAGGAUCAUUGGGCGUGGUACUGAGGAGUAUGGGC